AGAUCUUAAGACUCACAAGUGAGGGGUUGGUCUGGGGGUGGGAGGAAGGAGUGACGGGUGAGGAGUGGAGACAGCAGCCCAGGAGGGUGCAAGGAAGUAUCUUAGCUGAGGCUGGAGAGAGUGGGGGGAAGUCUGCAGGGACAGACAUCCUCCAGGGUCCAGAAUCCAGAGCAGCUCCUCCUGCCUGCCGGGAAGGGCUCUGAGCACUGCUGCCCUUUUUGGCCACUGAGGCUCAAGCCAGAAGCCCAGGGUGUUUGCUGUUGGUGACAGAGCCACGAAGCUGGUAGCUCUGGGACUCCCUGCCCAUCUUCUUCUCCACUCCCGGCAUGGAGGAAGGUGGAGAUUUCGACAUUUAUUAUGGGGCAGACAACCAGUCUGAGUGUGAGUACACGGACUGGAAGUCCUCGGGGGCGCUCAUCCCCGCCAUCUACAUGCUGGUCUUCCUCCUGGGCACCACGGGCAACGGCCUGGUGCUCUGGACGGUGUUUCGGAGCAGCCGGGAGAAGAGGCGCUCAGCUGACAUCUUCAUCGCCAGCCUGGCCGUGGCCGACCUGACCUUCGUGGUGACCUUGCCACUGUGGGCCACCUACACGUACCGGGAGUAUGACUGGCCCUUUGGGACCUUCUCCUGCAAGCUCAGCAGCUACCUCAUCUUUGUCAACAUGUAUGCCAGCGUCUUCUGUCUCACCGGCCUCAGCUUCGACCGCUACCUGGCCAUCGUGAGGCCAGUGGCCAAUGCCCGGCUGAGGCUGCGCGUCAGCGGAGCGGUGGCCACGGCCGUCCUGUGGGUGCUGGCCGCCCUCCUGGCUGUGCCCGUCAUGGUGUUCCGCUCCACCGGGAACUUGGAGAAUAGCACCAAGGUGCAGUGCUACAUGGACUACUCCAUGGUGGCCACCUCGGGCUCCGAGUGGGCCUGGGAGGUGGGCCUGGGGGUGUCGUCCACCGCCGUGGGCUUCGUGGUGCCCUUCACCAUCAUGCUCACCUGCUACUUCUUCAUCGCCCAGACCAUUGCAGGCCACUUCCGCAAGGAGCGCAUCGAGGGCCUGCGGAAGCGCCGCCGGCUGCUCAGCAUCAUCGUGGUGCUGGUGGUGACCUUCGCCCUGUGCUGGAUGCCCUACCACCUGGUGAAGACGCUCUACAUGCUGGGCAGCCUGCUGCACUGGCCCUGCGACUUCGACAUCUUCCUCAUGAACGUCUUCCCCUACUGCACCUGCAUCAGCUACGUCAACAGCUGCCUCAAUCCCUUCCUCUACGCCUUCUUCGACCCUCGUUUCCGCCAGGCCUGCACCUCCAUGCUCUGCUGGGGCCGCAGCACAUGUGGGGCCAGCUCCCACAGCAGCAGCGGGGAGAAGUCCGCCAGCUACUCUUCGGGGCACAGCCAGGGGCCCAGCCCCAUUGUGGGGAAGGGUGGAGAGCAGACACAAGAGAAAUCCAUCCCCUACAGCCAAGAGACCCUUGUGGUUGACUAGGGCUGGAACCAGAGAGAAGCCUGGCUCCCCUGGCCUGUCCCAACCUCUGCUCUUGCUCUCUGCGAAUCAGGUAGCACGGCUGCACCUUCUCUUUGCACCUGCCCUGGGCCCUGACUCCGUCUUGUCCUCCUCUGAUUUCUUCAUUCUUUCUUAGACCUUUGGGAUUGAGCAGAAAGAGGCUGAGCUCUGCAGUCAGACCUGUGCUCUGCUACUUAGUACCUGUGAGAUGGCCUCGCCCAAGGCUCACUUUCCCCUCUGUAUCAAUGGAGGAACAUCAUGCAGACCCUAAAACAUUGAUGUGUGAGAACGGAUCCAAACUGUGCUUCCUUCCAUCCUUUUCUGAGAUCUUUGGCUUCUUUUCUCUCUCCUUCCUUUGAGUUUCCCUCUAACUCUGCAAGUUUUACUGUUAAUCCUCAUCUUCUAGCUGCAAGCUCUCUCCCCACAUGGAUCCCCCCUUCCCAGUCCUUCCUUCAUCCUCAUUUACUUCCGUCCUGCAGGGCUCCCAAGAGUUAAGGAUCCCGAAGCUUGCAAAGACUGACCCUGCCCAUGCCCUUACCCUGUUUUCUGAAAGCCAGCUAAGGAGUGGGCCGGAGCUGUGAUGAGCUGUGUGUCAGCAAAGAAUUAACGCUCCAGUCGCCAGGGCCAGGAGCUCCAGGAUGUUUCCUAAAACUGGAUCAGUUCUCUGUCAUUUCAGGCACCAGGGCCACCGUGAUCCAUGCAGAGAGCUUCCCUUCUUGCAGAGUCUCUGUGAUACCCACCACAGAUCCCCUAGAUCCUUUCCUUCUUCCUCUAUUGUCGGUGAGAAUUGGACAGCAAUGGGCUGAUGAAGCUACGGAGUUUUACUACUUGGUUUUAGCACGUGAAUGGGGAGCUGAGAAAGGAGAACAGAGAAGAGGCGCUGGAGGGCUGUCUGUGUUGGUCUGUGUGCUGCUUGGCUCCCCCUCCCCCAAUCCCCAUCCCUCCAACCUCCUCUGGAACUGUGAACCGCAGGUCUUUCUCCCACCCCGUCAUCUCCCCGAUGUUUUUCCUGGGUGCUUGUGCCAAGAGUCACUUGGUUGGGGUGAGGAUGCUUGCUUUUUGUCUGUGUGAAUAUAUACAUGAAUACACAUAUCUCUAUAUGGAUGAACAUAACAUGGUGAAUGUCAUGGAUGAAUGAACUUGGAUGGAUCCCUGCUCCCUUCCCCUCUCCCUGGCCACCAUGUCUCUGCUUGUCACACUGUACCCUUGAAGGAAGAAGAGACACGUGGAGGCAAUUUAGAAUAAAAAUGAGUGCACCCCCCACUGGAUUUGGGGGCUCCAACGGCUGGUCCGUACUUUAAAAAGUCUGUGUUUGACCUGGCUGUCUGCAGGGACAUCCUUCCCAGGAGCAUCUGGGGCCCAAGGCUCGGGAAGGAAGUCCUACUGAGCUGGGUUUCCAUUCCUGCUGUAAUUCUAUGGUGGGAAGAAGAGGCUGGCCAGAGCUUCCCCUGGCCCCUCCCCACACCUCCCACCCCGUUUUGAGUUUAUUUCUCUCAUUUAUCUUUCUUUUUCCCAGGGUCAGUGGUCCCCUUCCCAAGGAGGGGGUGAGAGGCACAGGGUGGGCUUUGUCUCCCCUCACCAUCAGGACUGAAUCUCCUGGCUUCUGAGACUGGGUCGGGGGCUGGGGACAGUGAGUAGAGCAGUCAUGGAGGGGCUGGUGGCCUGGUGUCCAUACUGCCCGAGGGACCUCAAGGUCAAAAUUAAUCAAGGGGCCUUUUUGAGCUGGAAAUGGGGUGUGUGUAUUCCGGGUUUUGUUCUUGAAGGACUCUGGAAAUGAAGGACAAGAUGUGGACAGAGAUGGGAAGAGCCCAGCUUGGUGUAAAUGGACAUGUCGGCCAUCCCUGGGAUGGAGGUGGCUCUGGGAACAGAGGGGGAACAGAGGGGCACUGGCUCCUCUCAGCUUAGUCUCCCCAUCUCAGACCAGAACGUCCCACAGAAGCCGAGCGCCACCCUCAAGGCACCCAGUCAAGACUGGAGGAGGCUCUCGAAGGCCAGAGGGUGCCCCCGAGACUCUCCUGAGUGAACCGCAGGGACUUCCUGCCUGGCACUCAGGCACGGUCUGGGGCAGUGGCAGAGGAGAGUGCCUUCUCCCCUUCUCCCCUUCCGCAGAAUGCCUGUGCUCCUUGCUGACCUUGUUAGUCACUGUGUUCAUCAAUAAAACUGUUUUGUGUAA